CCAAUACACAGUCACACAGUCACACCCCUCGUCACAGUGGAUCAGUACCCACACUCACACUCACUCUCCUCCCCCACUCGUCAGUCCCUCUCAUAACAAACCAACACAAUUAUUCCCCCUUCUUUUCUUUUUCUUUAUUUAUUUAUUAUUAUUUUUACCCUAUUUUUAAUUCCCCUCUCUCUUUCUCUCUCUCCGCCGCCGCAAUUUCCUCCUUCCUCCACCACCUCUAAACCCUAACCACCACCUUCUUCUCGGCGAGGAGAGAGAAAAUCCCCCUUCUCAAACCCUAAUUUACAUUCAUCCCAAUUCCUCUCUCUCUCCUCGCUUCCCCAAUUUUCGUCGAUCAAUCCUCCCUAAUUUACAAUUCUCAGGGUUUGCGAAAAUAUGGCAGCACCUACAGUUCAAUCUCAACCUCAAGCCCCUUGUUCCUACAUUCCACCUGAUGAGGUGGGAAAUGCUUUCGCAAGGCAGUAUUAUACAAUACUUCAGCAAUCUCCUGCACUUGUUUACCGAUUUUAUCAGGAUAUCAGUAAGCUUGGUCGUCCUGGAGAUGAUGGUGUUAUGGGGUUUACUUCUACCAUGGAUGCUAUCAAUGCGAAGAUACUGUCAUAUGGAAGUUUAAAGGCAGAUAUUAAGUUUGUUGAUGCGCAAGAAUCCUAUAAUGGGGGAGUGAUUGUUCUUGUCACUGGAUCUUUGAUUUAUGCUGAUGAAUCGAAGCGGGGUUUCAUUCAGACCUUUUUCCUGGCACCUCAGGAUAAAGGGUUUUUUGUUUUGAAUGACAUGUUAAGAUUUGUUGAAGAUGUUCCUCAUCAAAAUGGGAGGCAAAAUGGUAGUAUAGCACCAACUGCUCCGAUUCAUGAAGAGGCGCCACCAGUCCAAGAGAAUCACGUUAUUGAAGAGUCCAAUGGUGAAGUGUAUAAUCCACAUGAGAAUGGUGUACUUCAAGUUGAGGAAGAGGAAGAAGAACCUGUGGCCGAGGUGGUUGAUGAAGUUCCAACUGACCCACAGGUUGCAGUUGAAUCCACAGUUAAAGUUGAGGUUGAAUCAAAUAUCAAAGUUCCUGAUGAACUUCCAAAUGAAUCACAGGCCCCUAAGAAGUCGUAUGCUUCUAUUGUCAUGAAAGACACUCCUGUUACUGCACCAACUCUGAACCUUCCAAAAUCUGCGCCUAAGGCUCAAGAGCAACAAAUACCUGUGAAAGCAGCUCCUUUGGCAGCAAACUUACCUUCCAGUGCUGAUGUGGUUGAUGAUGGCAAUAACCACGAGCCAGAAGGUGAGGGUCACUCAAUCUACAUGAGGAAUCUGCCUUUUAAUGUACCUUAUCUCGUGGUUGAGGAAGCGUUCAAAGGUUUUGGCCCAAUUAAGAGUGGUGGCAUCCAAAUUCGAAAAAACAAUACUUUCAGUUUUGGGUUUGUGGAAUUUGAAGUGGCUGGUGCUGCACGAAGUGCCAUUGAGGCUUCACCCAUUACAAUUGCUGGAUGUGAAGUUGUGGUAGAGGAAAAGAAGUCCACUGGUUCCCGAGGACCCAUCCGAGGAAGGUUCCCCUCAGGAAGAGGUGGUGGUGGAUUCAAAGGUGAGGGAGGUAGAGGGCAUGGAGGUUAUGGGGGAGGAAGAGGAUAUGGCCGGGGGGAGGGUAACAGGAAUGAUUUUGGAAACAGGGGAGGUGGCCGAGGAUACCAUAACCGUAGUGAAGGGUUUCAAAGGAAUGAUCAAAAUGGCAAUGGAGCUGGGCGGAUGAGUCGCGGUGGAGGUUCGGGUAUCAAAAGUUCAAGAGCACAAUUUACACCUGGAGUUUGAGUUAUCUAUUAGAUUGAAUAGUUUAUUCAGGGGAGCAGUUUCUGCUUGAUUUUUUUGUCACUUUUUUUGACAGGAAUAUUUUACUUCUUUAUUCCUCGAUUCUAAAUUUUGGCCGCUCUGCCUUUUGGAGAUACACUAGAUAGUAUAAGAAUGUUGUUGAGUAGAGUACCCUUUUAAUGUGCAUUGUAGGGGUGAUGUAAGAUCUAACUUCAGUUGGUAUAUCUAGCAAGUAUUUAAGAGUCUUGCUACUAUCUUGGUUGAAAUUGUGGUAUAUUAGGAUAUUACUGGUAUUUAAAAUGAAUUGACUUUGAAUUGAUUUUUUGCA